CCGCGCGACAGCCCGUGCGCAUGCGACCACACUCGGUGCAUCAUCACGCCAUCGUAUCAUAGUGUAGAGGAUUAGUGUAGCUGUGAGCCCGGACUGCCUCCGCCAUGCGACCAGUAGUGGCGUGGAUUUUCGUCGCAGCGGUGACAGUAGUCGCGACGCAGGACACUUCUAGCGACAGAGUAAACGACAAACUCAACAGUAUAGAGACAAAACCAUCAGUGCGACUAGAUCCUUAUAUUAGGAAAGCUUUACUAAAAGCUCUCAGUGAGUUGGAAGAAAGUGAAGAAAAUACUACGGGUACUGAUAAUGCCGAUAGUACCUCUACUGUGGACGCGGAACUAUUAAGAACCAGUGAAGAUGUCACAGAAGCAUUACCCGUGUCUAAAGAAGGAAUACAGAUACAUUCGUUCAUAGUCAACGGUCAGGCGGCAUUUUCUAGUAACGCAAAUACGACGCCGACAUUAAUAGACAAGAAAAUAUCCAUCCUAAGCACUACUGCUGGAAACGUCGAAAAUCCAGUCACAACAACACUUCCAACACAAUCUCCGUUUAGCGAAAUUUUUCAGACGAAGGAAUCAAGUGUUAAUGUCCAACAAGUAAGAAGUAUUCAAACUACGUCCAAAACAAACAACGAAAACAGCGUGACGAACACCAAACCCACCAGGCCGACCACUACUACCACCACCACCACCACAACGACGACUCCAAAGCCCACACACAACGCAGACGGCGAAAAUAUUGAAGAAGUAGACCAACGUGAUGUUCAGGUGUUCCAAGCUCCCUUAGUAGCAGCUUUUACUGUACAACAAGACGCUCAAGGUCUCCCUAAAAAAGUUAUACCACUUUUUCAACAAACGAAUGUACCCAAUCCGAAUCCGAAAUCAUCGCCGACUAACACUGCCACAACAGGACUCUUAGUACCACAAGUUUCACCUCAGCAACAGCCCCUUAGUAGACCACCUCAAAACGACUUUAUAAAUCAGCAGCUUACUCUACAAAAACAAUUGGAAGAAAAGCAAAGAAUUUUGGAAGAACAGCUUCGUUUGUUACAAUUUCAACAACGACAACAAGAGGAGCUCCUGAGAAAGCAGCAAUUCUUGCUUCAACAAAAAGAGGCGCAGAGACAACAACAAAUAGCCUUUGAACAUGAACAGGCCAAACGACAACAGCUACUGUCUGAGCAACAGAAACUGCAAGCGAGUCAAGCUGUCAAUAACUUUCACUUACAAGGACUGCAAAAGAAUAUUCAGCAAACCCAAUUUUUGAAUCAAAACAACGGCGUCCGCGGAGGAGGGCCGAACGCCCAUGUAUCGAUUCAACCCAGCGUAUCUCUAGAGCAGGGAAACUUGCUUCCCAACCAGCAACAACUGCCUAACCGAGAAGCAGUAGAUUUUUUGCUACAUUUACGAAACCAACAAUCCGAACAGUUUCCUUUACAAGAAAACCAUAUACCACAGGGUAUAAGUAAUUUCUUACAGCCUAAUCCCAUUCAAAAUUUUAAUCAAUUCGCAGGCUUUAAUCAAUUAAGGCCCGAAGAUCAGUUUAGGCAAAAACAGGCUAAUCGCGUAUUUCGUCAAGAAAGUGGCGUUGGAAACUUCGGAUUGAAUAGUCAGAACUACAACAGGUUUAAUACAUUUAAUCCGAUCCUAUCUAAUCGCUUUUUUUCUAACAACCGACCGAAUCAGUUCAAUCCUGAUGCAGAGUUAAAACACCUAUUAGUUCAAAAUGGCUUGAACACACGGAGUCAUGAGGAUUUGAACAUUGUGUCAAAGGUGUUGUCAUUGAAUCACGGUAUUCCAUUGAACAACAAUCUUUCUAACAGGCUUCCAUUCGACAGCAGAAGAAAUGUUCGUCCUAUUUUAUAGACACUGAUGUACGUAACGGUUUCUUUCGCCAACAAUCUAUGAUGUUAUUAGCUACAAUGUUAUAAAACCUUUGUCUACUGAACAAAAUAAACUAUCACGAUUGCUUCAGACAGGUAAACUACCAAAGAAGUUUUAAAUAAAUCCAAGCUUAAGUAGACAUCAUCAUAUAAACUCAUCGAUAAUCUAAUGCCUAUUGUUAAUGUUUUCAAGCUUUCAAUCAACCAGUUGUUAGAUGUACUUAAACGAAUUAUUUAUUUUAUGAUUAGUAAUUGUGAACUGCCAUAAGUAGUAAAUCGUAAUUAGAUAUAAGUAAGUAAGGUUAAUUCACUUUAAAAACUUUAUAAGAACUAAUGUUUCAUUAUUAAGUUAUAUCUAUACUUUUACAAAAUUAUUUGCAGGAAAAAUUGUAUACCUAGAAUAUUUAGGUACUCGUUGAUUACCGGGACUUACAAUCAAUUACAUAAGAAUGUAAAUAAAUACGUAGAGACCUAUAAAUAUGAAUCAAUACUUUCCUACAAUGCGCUGCGGCCCUGGUAUACAAUCCUUCAACAUAAAAUCCCACAGCUAUUAUUAAAUUUGUUUGUGGAUUCAUCAUCAGCCGUACGACGCCCACUGCUGGGCAUAGGCCUCCCCCAAGGAUCUCCACGACGAUCGGAUUACUACACACAAAUCCGGAUAAAUAAUAUUCAUCAAAUUUAAACAAGAUUAUUAUAAUAUCCUUGUCGUAUCCGACAACAGCGACCUCAGUCAGAAGAAUAGAAGAAGAAGAAGAACUAUAAGAUAUAUUGACUACAUACAAAUAGAAAUAUACUUUAUUGUACCAAAAUAAAAUGAAGAAAGACUCUUAACUAGGGACACGGCAAAUGGCGGCCUAAUCGCUUAAAUCGAUUUCCUCCAGACAACCAUAAGGCGAGGAAAAACAUACAACACACAUAUUCAGUUUUCAAACGUUCUAAUUUUAUUUACUUACAAGGUUUUUAUGCAAGUAUUGAGUCACUUUUUUAUUAUUAUUUAGUUUAAUAGGUUGGUAAGAUUGUAAAUAAUGGAUAAUCCUAAUUAGUAUCUAGUAAGUUUAUCGUUUACAUGUGAAAUUAAAGUAUUUUUUUUAGUAAA